AGCCUGUAGUUAGAAAUACUUCAGCCACAGACCUCUGUGCUCUCAGCACCCAUCCUAUGCUUGUAUAUUUUAUAUUUCUCCUUACAUUAAUUUAGUUGUCGAAUAAACAUCAACGAACAAUGCACCUUAGCAAGUGAUCAGAAUAAGUAGAGAUGAUAAGCACAUUACAAUCGGACUUUCACUUGAAUCAUCCAAGUUGCCACUGCGAGCAGCACUAUGAGUACCACUUAGCAAUAGCGCACAGUAGAAAAUGUAAAGAUAUGUUGACAGUGGGAAAGAUAUCACCUGUAACGAAAAAACCUUAUAAGUAAGCCUUGAUGAAAUCAGAAUGUCUCAAUGCAGUCUAACGAAUUCAUAUGUACUUCAUGUUAAAGUUUGGCCAAUAUUUGUGUAUCGACAGGUAGCAACCCAUUAGAAGCCUGGGAGACAGGUAAUAAGGCGAAAAAUAAAUUUUCUAUCAAGAAUGAUGAAAGUCUCACCAAUGCUAUGCUUAGGUGAGUUACUGAAUAUGAAGAUAAUUAGCAAAAAGCAAGUGACUUGAAAAACAAUAAAACAUCACCAUGGGUGCUGGCGGUUCUUUCAUGCGAUCUCAGGAUGAUGAUGACAUCUUGGGGUCGGAUCUAGAAGGCAAUGGACAUGGUGUCAUCAAAAGAAUUCCCAUUGAAAUGAAACCCAGGGGCAAGCUGGGACUACGUAGUGUAGGUUCACUGGGGCGCAAACCAAAGGGUGGAAGUCUGCGUUCUGCACUUUCUGUAGACCUGGAGAAUCCUGAAGUUGAGAGAAUCAAGAAAGACUUUGAAAUGUAUCGUCUCAACAAAGAGAAUGAUAUAGCAAACAUGCAGAAAAAAGAACAGAAGCUAGAGAUGGAAAACAAACGAUUAAGGGCAGAACUGUUAGCUCUUCAGAAGACUUGCACACGCAUGCGAGCAGAACGAGACGCAGCUCUUGAGGCCGAGCAGGAGGCAGUUGCCAGGGCUGCAGCAUUUGAAAGCGACCGGGAUAAAGUGCAACGGCAGUUUAAGCUGUUUCGAGAGACAAAGGAGAGUGAGAUACAAAAUCUUCUUCGAGCCAAGCGAGAGAUAGAGAGCCGACUGUCUAAGCUGAUGCAUGGCCUUGCUGAAGAUGCAGACACAGCAUCACGGUCUGGGCUGGUGGAUCUAGGAAAUGCCAACCCAGGUGAUUGGUGGACAGUGUUAGAGAGUGAGCCAUCCCUUGGCAGUACAGCUCAGCUUCACCAGCCAGCCUUCCUGCGAGGCCCAGAGUUUGUUUCUACGCUGAUGGAGAUGGAAGGCCCAUUCACCAAUGUCACCAAAGAGGAUUGGUGUGCUGCCCUGGCAAACAUGGUGCACAUCAUUCCCAGCAUUCCACAGUACGCCAUCAGCAGCACACUGCGCAUCUACAUUGCUUCAACUAAAGACCUUGCAACAGAAGUGGACCUGCUUUUGAAUGAGCACCUUGUCAAGUUGAGGUCACUGUGCAUUAACGAGGGUCGGGAUCUGGUGAUAGUCUACCUUUCUUGUCCACCCGACAAGUUGUCACCUUGUCAGGAAGAUCUAAUGCAGAAGAUGAGACGUCAGCAGAUCGAACUGGCAUCUCUGUUUGUGUGCCUUUUGGGAGCCACUAGUCACAGAUUUUUAAAUUUUGAAGUAAAACUUGGACAUUUGGACAAUCCUGGGAAGAAGCCAGCUGUGUUCUGUCUUCUAGACAACAAGAGGGCAAGUCUGUCUGAAUGUCAGGAGCUGCGUGUCAAGAUCAGGGAAAGCGGGAAUGCCAAGAUUGUUACUGGUGUUUCACUGGCUGCCAAGACCAUGGAGUUGACGGCAAAUGAAGUGGAGAAGGUAAUCAAAGCUGAGCUUGGUAUGGAGGGCCGGGAGGUUAACGGCAGCGAUGAUGUGGGAAUGGCAGAGUACAUGGAGGGGGGAGUGGUGUUUGGUGGGGGUGUGUGGGACCCGCAUGAGGACUACCAGCAGGUGGAAGCUCUCAAUCAUGCAGUCCAUGCUAGCUGUGAACUUGGAUUUGAAAAGCUCUAUGAGCAGCUGACCGCCCAUGUGGCAGCAGCAGGUCCUGUACCUCCUUUACUGGUCAGUGGCUCUUCGGGAUCAGGACGGUCACUUCUUCUAGCUCGAUGGGUGCAGUUACAGCAGGAAAAGAGUUCUAGUUUAUUAGUGCUGUAUCACUUUGUUGACUCGCUCAAUGCCGAUCCUAUUAUGAUGAUACGUCGCCUGACAGCACAGCUGAUGCAGCAUGUGAGCAAUCCUCCUGCCUUGACCUGUGACCCUGUACGUUUGGUUGAAGAAUUCCCUCGUUGGCUGGAAAAAGUAUCUGCAAAGUCUCCAGGAGGAGUGAUCCUUGUACUGGAUUCUGUUGACAGGUUUCCUCAAGCUGAAGUUCACCUUAAAUGGCUGUUGGAUCCCCUACCCGUGGAUGCACGGGUUAUUGUGUCUGUAGGGGAGACAACCUGCCCGCAAGCCUGGCGCUCCUGGCCAACCCUCAACCUGGGUUGUCUUGGUACAAAGAACAUUCGUGAGCUGCUACGGGCUGAGCUGGCUAUGCUGGAUGCCAGAGUAGAUGCAGAAUCAGAGUCACGAAUCCUGACUCACUGCCGGACCCUGCCUACAUCGUGCCCUCUCUACAUUAUGCUUCUGGCCAGACAUCUGGCAAGUAUCAACAAAACAGAGAUGACCAAACACCUAUCUUACCAGCUCAACUCUACUGACUCUCGCAGUCUGUUCUGCCGCAUUUUGGAACUUCUUCCAUCACAGCUAGAGAUCCCCGAGUCCAAAAGACAGUUUCAGAAGGUACUGUGCUACCUCAGUGCCAGUCGCUGUGGCAUGCAUGAGAAUGAGCUCCUGGAGUUAGUUCCAGGACUGAACACUUCUCACCUUUGUGUGGUUUUCCAUUACUUGUCUUUACACCUCAUUCUUAAGUACCAAGGGGGUCUACUGACUUUUGCUCACCAAGAGGCUCAGGAAGCUGUGAAUGAGUUUUGCUUUCAGCAGGCGGAUUCUCCGUCUCUGAAUGCAAUAAGACAGGACCUAAUUAACUUCUUUGGCAGCAAUCUGCAAUCAGGUCUUGUGACCACUCGGGUCUCAGAGGAGCUGCCCUGGCUAUUAAAACAAGAGGGGGACAAGGAGACUCUCCAUGCCUGUAUCUUAAAUCUCAGUGUAUUUCAACAUUUGUAUGCAAGAGGUCGGUGUGCAGAGCUCAUCUCUUACUGGCAGUACAUUGGAAAGGACCAGGCCAGCAUGGCUGAGGCUUACUUCACUGCUGUGAAGACAUUGGAGGAUAAUGGACAAAUUACUUUACCAAAAAUUGCUGACAUGUAUGAGAUAUUGGGGCGUUUCCUGAAAGAUCUUGGUCUUCUCAACCAGGCCUUGCCUGCACUACAGCGUGCGCUUGAAGUACGUGAGACUGCUGUGGACCCAGACCAUCCUAUCAUUGCAGGCUCACUGCACCAGCUUGCAGGCCUGCAUGCCCAGUGGGGUAAGUUUGCCACAGCAGAGCUUCUGUAUAGACAGGCGCUGGACAUCUUUGAGGAUGCUUUUGGAUCAGAUCAUCAUUUGGUGGCCAAGGAGCUGGACUCCCUGGCUGUACUGUAUCAAAAGCAAGACAAACAUGAUGUAGCUGACCCUCUCAAGAAGCGAGCCCUGUCUAUCAAGAAGAAGAUCAGGACUCCACAAGGAUCUGCUAGUCAGCAUAGAAUUGAUCCCCUCCAGAGACGAGCACUUCAGCUGGAAGAAUUAGCCAUGGGCCCUGACUCGGCUGAUUUGGCACGGACCCUUAAUGAACUUGGGGUGCUGUAUUACCUUCAAAAUAAUAUUGAGACAGCAGAAUCAUUUUUCAAACGUUCUCUUGAGAUGCGGGAGAGUGUGUUGGGUGUGGAUCACCUAGACAUUGCCCAGUCACUAAACAAUCUGGCAGCACUGUACAAUGAUCGUAAGCAGUAUGACAAAGCUGAGCCUCUCUAUGAGCGAGCAUUAAAGAUCCGCACCAAGCACUCCAGCCCGGACAGCCCUGGUGUGGCAGCCAUCAUUAAACAUCUGGCAAUGUUGUACAAGAAGCAGGGCAAACUGGACAAGGCUGAACCACUCUACACUCAGGCUGUGGAAAUCAGAGAAAAAGCAUUUGGCCAACAUCAUCCAUCAGUAGCUACAGGCCUGGUCAGCCUGGCUGUCCUAUAUUCUCAACAAAACAAGCAUGCAGAUGCAGAGCCACUUUAUGAAAGAGCACUGAAAAUAUAUGAAGACAGCUUUGGACCAAAUCACCCACGUGUGGCUGAAACUCUUCGUAAUUUAGCUGUCUUGAAAUAUGAACAGAAAGAUUAUGAGACAGCAGCACGCUACUACAAACGUGCAACGGACAUCAAAGAGCAAGAGGCAGCCUAUGCACCCAAGGGCUUGUCACGAAGAAGUUCCAGUGGCGACACUAACUCCACUGUUAAAAAUUUAAUGCAUGUGUAAUGCUAUUAGAAAGCGUGUUGCUUUAGGGUUUCAUGAGAAUUUUAGUUCUUCACCAGUAAACCCCAAGUUUGCUUUUAAUCUGUCAAACAAUAUCAAAUCCCUCAUUCUUGAUUUCAUAAGGACAAGAUUUCUAAUUUGUUUUUUUGUCUGAGGGGAGAGAAAAUGGAUAUAGGCUAGAGAAAGAAUUUGAAGUCAAUUUUGUUUUAUUCAUAAUGUCUGUUGAAGUUUUUGAAAUAUCUAUAUUUUAUUACUCCAUUAUUUUAACAAAUUCUUUUCUAACCUUAUAAUAAUUAAAAAAAGAAGAAAUUUUCUGAGUAACAACUGGCAUCUUCUGCCAUGUUUGUUUUGGGGUCUGGAAAGAGAAAAAAAUAAAGAAGAGGAACUAAGGUGAUGUAAGAGAACCCCCCACCCUCAAGCACCAAACAAGCCAACCCCAAACAAAUCACACACUAUGCCCAUUAAGCAAGAUAGAGGAAGACAAUGUAGACAGAGCUACACUUUAUUUAGAGAUGUGGUCUGUAGUAUUUGAUAAUGACAGGUUUGUAUCAUUUAUGUCAUCAUAGGUUGCAAACCCAUCUGUUAGUCAUCUUUUAAUCAUUCAUCAUCGAUCAUCUAGAUAUCAUCUGUCCAUCUAUAUAUCAUCUACCGAUCUAUCAGAUUAAUCCAUCUCAACACUAUUUGGCUAUCUUGAUUACUAAUGUUUCAUUGAGAAAAGCUUGUGUAGCUGCCAUUAUCUGUUACAAAAAUAUUCAAUGUGGUUGUCGUCCCCAGUUGCUUAUGUUUAUAAUAAGUAGAAGUGUACUGGCUAUUGACUCCAGCUCGGUCUUGGUAUGUUUGUUGCUUAUAAUGUCAUGUUCUGCUAUCAGCAAGUGGAUAGAACUGAACUAUCUGCUACUGAAAGUUUCCUUCUUGAAAAAAUAAUGUCGUGGCAGGAACUAGUUGAUUUAUAACCAUUUCAUGUUUGCAUGUUACAGAGAGAUUCCAUCUAGAACAGGGAUUUUUUCCCCAUCAUUUCUGCAUCAUUCCAUUUUUCCAUUCAAAACAAAUGUUGCAUGCAAAAGGCAUAAUUGAGUGACGAUAUUCACUCAGAAUGAACCUCUCUAAAUGGAAAGGGAGUAUGAACCUGAAUGAGUGAAAUGUCUGUAUAAAGGUUAGUGAGACGUGAUUCCAGGCCCUGAAUCCACAUGGAAAGUCACAUUCUCAUUAUGGGUGGGCCGGAUCUGUGGCAAGUUUUUAUUGAAGUGCAAACAUUGGAGCAUACAAGUAGCUUACAGGUAACCUGCAAGCACUCAGUGUCAGUAAGUUUCUCUCUAUAGGAAUUAGUUAUCAGAGUUAUGGAUCUGUAGAGCCCUGGUUUUCAAACUGUGGUACGCAUACCGCCACUGGUACGUGAUUCAGUGACAGGUGGUACCCAAGCACCAUGACUAAAUCCUAGACAAAUAUAUAUAUAUGUGCUUAGGGGUUAGGUUGGGAGAUGAUACUCGGUUUGAAUUUUCAAAACGGGUACCUUUUCGAAAGUGGCAGUUGUUUGAAAAAGUUUGAAAACAAGGGCUGUAGAGGGUUUGCAUUAUGUCAUUGUAAUCAACUCCAGAACAUCCCCAUUGUAUUUGACUAUUACAGGUUUAAGUGUCUCAUAAACAGAUAUUUGAAUUCUUCUGACCUAUUGCUGUGGCCUUUGUAUUUGGUUGUUAUAGGUAUCAGUGUCUGAUAUAUUGAUAAUCAUUUUCUUGUUCCACUCCCUCCAGCAUUAAUUUCCUAGGCUUUUAUCAGUUGGCUAGCAAUUUCCUUACUUGAGGAAUACUUUGGGUGAGAUGGGAGAAGAUUGUAAUAAUGUUAAAUGGGACUACUGAUUGGGCAGUCUCUGUUGUCUGCUCCAGGUUUACACCAUAACAGUAUUUGUGCAAAAAGAAUAUUUGAGGAGGCUGUGAUAGAUCUGUACUAGUCUUGAAUUAUCAUUGGUAUUUCUACUUUAUUAUGAAGAAUUAAUGACUCCUGCGUUAACUGGGGACACUGAAACAUCAGGGGAUGCAUGUAUGUGUAUGCAUGGCUGCGUUUUUGCAGAAUAUGAAUAGACUUUGUUAAACUGUUUUGUUAGUGAUGGCUUUUUAAAAAGUUUGUACACUAAUGAGGUUACAAUCUCUGCUGUUGAUGCUUUGGUCAGAACUUUUUCAAAUCCUGUGGCAGCAGCAGCAUAGUCUGCAGGUUAUGGUGCUUUUUGUGCCUCAAGAGAAAUCACACUCCGUCCUGACAAACACUUUGCACUUUUUUCAGUUUAAUAUCAUUAUUACAAAUGAUGAUAAAGAAUAAUAAAGAUACAUAAACCAUUGUU